AUGUCGAAUUUGAGGUUAGAUAAAAAAGUUAGGUCAGUUGCAUAUAUUGUUAUCUCUUACACAGCACAGUCUGAUAAAAUAAAUCUGGACAUCCAAAGGGUUGUUGGGUAUCGCCAAUGGUGUAAUAAACUUUGGAAUGCUGUGCGAUUUGCCAUGAGCAAACUUGGAGAUAAUUACACCCCUCCAACAAAUGUGGUUCCAGAUAUCAUGCCAUUUAACUGCCAGUGGAUUCUCUCCGUGUUGAACAAGGCCAUAUCAAAAACUGUGACAUCACUGGACUCGUAUGAAUUUUCUGAUGCUGCUACUGUAGUAUAUUCAUGGUGGCAGUUCCAGUUGUGUGAUGUGUUUAUUGAAGCCGUCAAGCCCUACUUUGCCAGUGAUGCUCAAGCAUUUGCUUCUGAAAGGAGUUAUGCACAAGACACCUUGUCGGUGUGUCUGGAAUAACUAAUUGGAUGAUGGGUUCUAUUGCUGUUUGUUUUGGUUGUUUAUCAUUUAUAAUGGUAAUAAGCUGUCUU